AUGCAACGUCUCGAGUGUUCCGUUCAACACUACGCUUGGGGAAAGAAAGGCCUACAGAGUUCGGUGUGUGAUCUCGUGAAAGAGAACUAUGAAACAAUCCAUCGGAAAAAAAUUGAUACCGAUAAACCCUAUGCCGAAUUAUGGAUGGGCACUCAUCCGAAUGCUCCAUCAAAAGUACAACCAUCAUCAGAAUUACUUUCAUCCUUCCUGAAAAGUCAAGUCAGUAAUUACUUUUCUAGCGAAGAAAUUUCAGAGUUUUUUCAAAUCAGAGGAUAUGAAUUUGCAUCCCUUCCGUACCUAUUCAAAGUGUUAUCUGUAAACCAAGCACUUUCUAUCCAGGCUCAUCCCGAUGAACAACUCGCUCAGAAGUUGUUUAAAAGUGAUCCCGAACACUACAAGGAUCCUUACCAUAAACCAGAAUUGUGCUGUGCUUUGACCGAUUUUGAAGCCUUGUGUGCGUUCCAAAAAUUGGAAACAAUCAUUUCCAACAUUAGACAAGUGAAAGAACUGCAAGCAUUGCUAAAAUCUCAGAAUCACGAAUUGGUGGAGCACGUCAUUUCUUUAAAAGAACAAGAUAUUGCCAAAUUAUCUGCAGAAGAACGUAAAACUCUUCUUCAAAAACUUUUCCAUGCUCUAAUGACGAGCAGUAAGUCUCAAGUUGAGACACAUCUCCCACAUCUCAUUAACCGCUUGAAUCAAAGUGAAACGAAAUCUGGUCUUGAAAAUUUGAUUUUACGAUUAUACAGCGAUUAUGGAAAUGACAUUGGAUGUUUCUCAGUGUUCUUUUUGAACUAUGUCACUUUAAAACCUGGUGAAGGACUAUUUCUUGGCCCAAAUGAACCUCAUGCUUAUCUUUCUGGGGAUUGUAUGGAAUGUAUGGCCUCAUCCGAUAAUGUUGUAAGAGCUGGGCUUACCCCCAAGUUUAUUGACACAGAAACACUGGUUGAAAUGUUGACCUAUGAUGAUUGUGCUUUGGACAAGAUGAAGUGUAAUGGUGAGAAGGUUAAUGAUUUCGAGACGUUAUAUGCACCACCCGUUUCUGAGUUUAAGGUACAAAAAAUUGUUUUACCAAAUCAAUUUGACAAAUAUCAAUGGUCAACAAAUGCAAUUUCAAUAGCAAUUGUUUUGGAGGGUAAAGGACUGAUUAACGGUGAAAAGUUCGUAAAGGGAGAUGUUGUCCUUCUACCUUUCAAUGCAACACCAGAAAUUGAAAAUGCUGGUAAUGAUCAGAUGGUGGUAUUUGUAGCCUCCACAAAUAUUACAAACAUCAGUGUAAAAUAA